AUGGUCAAAUGUGGUUCUCCCAAGGUGCUUUCCAAACGACUGACCGAUGCUUUUUAUGUCAUGCAGAAAAAUUCUAACAAGCAAGCUCGAAAUUUUCUUUGGCAUUUCGCCCCCCCAUUUCCUAAUUGGUGGCCUAGUGGAUCCUUUUUGAAAGUAAUAAACAACACUCUUUUAAAACCAGCGCAGCGAGUAGUUCCGACUAAGCACUCUUUGGAAGAAUUCAAAGGACACCUUCGUGUCGAUAUUGAAUGUGUCAAAAUUUUGACUCCAAUACCUGAAGUCAAGCAGAAAAAGCAUCCUAAAGUGUCUUCUAAGAGAGCCGACAUUUCCGCUACAACUGACGAAGGACCUUCAAACCAGGUGCAAGAAGAAAUUAUCUCUGAUGUUCCUCUUGCCAAGCGGUCCAGAGGCAUCCAUAUCCAAGAACCUCCUGCCCAUCUUCAAUCCUGUCCAUACUUCUCCACAAAGAAACCCAAGAAAACUAAAUUCGCUCGAACGACCCUUUCCCCCAAAGUCGUUGCUUCUCCUCAACCCAAGGUUGUUGUUGCAGCGAAACCAUCAAAGGGGACGAAAAUAAUUUGCUUAAAAACUCGGUCGACUGCGGCUACCACAAAGGUUUUCCCCAAUCAGCAAGAAAGUACCCAUUUUAGCCCCGAUGUUGGUCUUCAGCGCAAUAUUGUCUCCAAAUCCAAACCAAUUAUUGAACAACAAUCAAUCCCUCCUAUUCCACCAAUAAAAUCUAUUGCUUAA